UGUCACAGAGGGAAAUUUGUCAUCUUUUACGCCUAUUUGCUUGUCUCUUCUCAAAGACCGAACGUGUUGGAGCCUUUUUUAAGUGCAGGAAGCCUUCAAAGAUGGCGUCAUUCUUUUCAGCAGUUGCAACGAGCUCGCCAUUGAAAAUGAAAGAACAUUCAGAAGAUCAGUCCUUGAACAGGAGCCUUUCCUUUCUCUCUGAUGAAUGCUCUUAUGAAUGCUACUCGGUGAACCCACUGACGGGAUCCCCCUGUAUGUGCCGCAGGAGUCCUCGGCUUCUCUCUAAUGGCUACUACGUCCUUACUGAGGACAGCUUUGUAUAUGAUGAUGAGGGUAACGUCAGCCUGACUCCAUCUAAAAUCAACGUAUCCUACAAAGAGAAUCUUGUCAGAAUCUUCCGGCGUAGAAGGAGGGUCCGCAGAUCAUUGGCCAGCUUCUUUAACCUGAGCAGCCCCAGCGAGUCCUGGCUAAACAGCAGUGUGUUCAGCACUCUGGACCCCCCGGCAGCCGAGUCUUCGUGGCUUGAAGGGAACUCUGAUUUGGACAACGGCUGUGGUUUCUUUUGUGAGAACAGUUCUGCUCAUUCCCAGAGCCAUACCCCCUGGUUCCCUACUUCACAGAUGUCUGAAUAUGAAAGUGAAGCCUGCUACUCCAAAGAACAAUUCAGCCGCUUAACAAAGAGCCUACUGGACCUUCAGCCCCCCAGCCAGCUUUUGUCACAGCCCUCUUACUCUGCGACAUCUCCCAAGCACAUAGACUUUGCUUUCAUAAGAAUCUUCUACUUCAUUGUCCUGGCCAUUUGUAUUUGCAUAGCGGUGCUUUCAAGGCUGAACAGCGGUGCCAUGAUUGUUGUUCUCCUGACCUUCGUUCUUCUUUUUUUAUCCUUCCUCCUCACCAAGUCUGACUUCUUUACCUUUGCUGGCGCUGAGAACAAAAACAAAGAGUAACUGGAAUGGCUGCUUUGGGGAUGACGGCAUACUGUCUGUGGGAAGGUCCAGAGUAGACAGUGUGACUGACCGUUCGCGGCAUACAAGACUGAAGUGACCCAUAUUCGUGAAUCUUGGUGAAAUUUGCUUUGUCCGGACUGAGUGGGAUUUCUCAAGAACCAGCAGAAGAAAAUGUGCAGCCUGGUGAAGCCUCUUCAGAGGAAGUGAGGUGCUAGACUGCAUGACAGAAAGUACAUUUAAAAAAAAGUGUAUAUUAGGGUGCAGUAAUUGGGUAACUUAACAGCUGGUCUGUGUCGAACCCUUUAUAGCACAGUAGGUGAACGUAAAACAAGAGGAAACAUUUGUUGUUGUGGGUUUUUUUUUUUUUUGCUAGACAGAAAUCCUAUUUUUGAAAGAAUUGUGUCAAUUGUAAUUCUUAACGUUGGAACAAGAUCAGACCCUUUUCACUUGUGUUCUAAAUAUUUGGGUGUAAUAAUUGGCAGGAGGUUUUUUUAUUUAAAAAAUAGCUAACAGGCACUCACUGAACAAAUUCUUCAGACCACCUGUACACCUGUGUAUCCAUGCAGUGACCUAUUUAGCCAAUCAGUGCAGUGCAUCGGAUUCUGCUGAUAUGGGUCGGGAGCUUCAGUUAAUGUUCACAUCAAACACCACGUGAGAGCUUGUGAUUUGGACCGUGGUGUGAUGGUUGGCACCAGACGAACUGCUUUGCGUAUUUCUGUAACUGGUGAUCUCCUGGGAUGUUUUCCUGAGUUUAUUCACAAUGGUGCGAAAACAAACAAAAAAAAAAAA